AGUAAGAAGAAACUCAAAGAUUUUAGGGUCGCAAGCAAUGGUGUCAAAUUCGUGUUACAGUUCUCUGUUUCAGACUAUAAAUACAGCCCCUCUUUUCCUCGGUUUACAAAUACCCAAAUCAUUGUUAGCUUUCGCUAUCACCAAUUUCCCAAAUCAUACCAUCAAGAAACGCCCUGCUUCUGGUACCACUCUUUUUGUCCCCUAUUCAAAAUUUCAAAUCUGUUUUCUUUUUCAAUUUGUUCUGUUUGGAUUCUGAGAAAAUUUGAAGGAAAAAAAGAAAGAAAGUUUUAUUGGCUGACGAAGCUUGAUUUGUUGGUUUCAUAUUUUGGAAUUUUCAGAUUUCGUUCGGAUCGUUCAGUUUGCGUGUUGCCUUCCAAGAGAGGCAGCAAAGUUUCAACUCAGUAUAGAAAGUUACAAGAGGAGAAGAGGGAAAAGGAGAAAGAGAUGACGAUCAAACCGGCGGUUCGGAUCGCCGACAAGAAACUUGUGGUGAAAGAGAGGACAAUCCUCACCGGCGUACCGGACAAUGUGAUCGCCACCUCCGGUUCGGCUUCCGGUCCGGUGGAGGGGGUUUUUGUGGGUGCGGUUUUCGGAGAAGACAACAGCAGGCACGUGGUGAGUUUAGGAACUCUAAGCGACGUACGGUUCUUAGCCUGCUUUAGGUUCAAACUGUGGUGGAUGGCCCAGCGAAUGGGCGACAAAGGGAGAGAUAUUCCUUUGGAAACCCAAUUCCUAUUGGUCGAGACCAAAGAUGGGUCCCACCUCGAAUCCGACGAUGGGGACGAUGACAAUCAGAUCGUCUACACGGUUUUCCUCCCUCUGAUCGAAGGGUCUUUCCGUGCUUGCUUACAAGGCAACGAUCAAGACGAACUCGAGCUAUGUCUGGAAAGCGGCGACGAGGACACCAAAGCGUCGUCGUUUACUCAUUCCGUUUUCAUCCACUCCGGCACCGAUCCCUUCACAACGAUCACGGAAGCGGUCAGGUCGGUCAAACUGCAUUUGAAGACUUUCCGUCAACGGCACGAGAAGAAACUCCCCGGAAUAGUUGAUUACUUCGGUUGGUGUACAUGGGACGCUUUCUACCAGGAGGUAACCCAAGAAGGAGUCGAAGCCGGUCUCGAAUCUCUCGCCGCCGGCGGAACUCCUCCUAAGUUCGUGAUCAUCGACGACGGUUGGCAAUCCGUCGGAGUUGACACCCACGACGACGAUGACGAAAAAAAUCAAGAACAACAACAACAACAAAGACUGCCACGUUUAACCGGAAUCAAAGAGAACUCCAAGUUCCAGAAGAAGGAAGAUCCAGCGGCGGGAAUCAAAAGCAUCGUCAACAUAGCCAAAGAGAAGCAUGGUCUCAAAUACGUGUACGUGUGGCACGCAAUCACUGGGUACUGGGGUGGGGUCAGACCGGGAGUCAAAGAGAUGGAGGAAUACGGAUCGUUGAUGAAAUAUCCGAUGGUGUCGAAAGGAGUGGUGGAGAAUGAGCCCACAUGGAGAACCGACGUACUGGCUGUGCAAGGACUGGGGCUUGUGAACCCGAAGAACGUGUACAGAUUCUACAACGAGUUGCACAGCUACUUGGCGUCUGCGGGAAUAGACGGAGUAAAGGUGGACGUGCAGUGUAUAUUGGAGACUCUGGGUGCCGGGUUAGGAGGUCGGGUGGAGUUAACCCGACAGUACCACCAAGCUCUGGACGCAUCGGUGGCUCGGAACUUCCCGGACAACGGUUGCAUUGCUUGUAUGAGCCACAACACGGAUGCUCUCUACUGUUCCAAGCAAACGGCAGUGGUUAGAGCGUCGGAUGAUUUCUUCCCAAGAGACCCAAUGUCGCAUACCAUCCAUAUCGCUGCGGUGGCUUACAACAGCGUGUUCUUGGGAGAGUUCAUGCAGCCUGAUUGGGACAUGUUCCACUCCUUCCAUCCCGCCGGAGAGUACCAUGCCUCCGCAAGAGCGAUCAGCGGUGGCCCCGUUUAUGUCAGUGAUGCGCCCGGGAAACACAACUUUCAGCUGCUGAAGAAGCUUGUUUUGCCUGAUGGGUCCAUUCUCCGUGCCCGCUUGCCUGGAAGACCAACCAGAGACUGCUUGUUCUCGGACCCGGCUAGAGAUGGAGUGAGCUUGUUGAAGAUAUGGAACAUGAACAAGUACACUGGUGUGCUUGGCGUCUAUAACUGCCAAGGUGCCGCAUGGAGCACCACCGAGAGAAAGAACACCUUCCAUGCAACCAAGUCAGACGCCAUAACCGGCUUCGUUAAAGGUCGUGACGUCCAUUUCAUUUCUGAGGCUGCCACUGAUUCUGACUGGAACGGUGACUGCGCCUUCUACUGUCUCCGUUCCGGGGAGCUCGUUACUCUCCCUUACAAUGCCGCCAUGCCAGUCUCACUUAAGGUUCUCGAGCAUGAUAUAUUCACGGUCACUCCCAUCAAGGUUUUGGCUCCGGGAUUUAGUUUCGCUCCCUUUGGACUGCUCAACAUGUACAAUGCCGGUGGAGCCAUUGAAGGGUUGAGAUACGAAAUCAAAGAAGGUCUUAAGCUCUCGGAGUUGGAGACUGGAUUCGAAGGAGAAGGGAAUGGUGCGAGGGCGGAGAAUCGGAGCUUGGAGCUGGUAGGCGUGGUUCAUAUGGAGGUCAAAGGUUGUGGAAAGUUUGGAGCUUACUCUUCGGUUAAACCAAGGAGGUGCAGAGUGGAGGCCAAUGAGGUUGAUUUCCAGUACGAUUCUUCAUCUGGGUUGGUGACUUUGAAACUGGAUCGUUUGCAUGAUGAGGCUAAAAAUGUCCAUGUAGUUGAGGUUGAGUUAUAAGUAGUAGAUUUAUUUUAUAUUUAUUAGGUUAGAUAAUUGGUAGGUGGGGGGAAUGAGUUUUGAUGGGAUGUAAUUUUAAUAUUUUAAUAUAUAUAUAAAUAUAUUUAAUUUUCGUCCAAUUACUUUUCUUUUUGUUGUCACUUGCGUCCAUGAUGAGCGAAUGUAAUGUCAUAGAGGAAAAGAAAUUUCAAUAAAUUUGUUUAUGUUGCCAA